AUGUCAAUUUCACCUCAAAUAAACGAAAGUAUUAGGGAGAUAGUACUAUUAACACAAGAAAUAACCAAUAUUUAUGAACAUUUGAGCGAUGAAAAGAGUUUUUUAUCCCAUAUCAAAAACGAGAUUUCUGAGCUGGAAAGUUAUAUUAAAUCUACGUAUGAUAAGUUGCAGAUACUAAUUAAUGAUAUUAAAUCAAUAGAAGGCAGCUAUUUAAAAGAACUUGAAACUGGAGAAAAUAUAUGUCGUAACAACAGUACUGAAAUAUACAAUUUUUCAGAAGAUAAUAAGCACAAUGCCUUGAUAUCAUUAAAAUGCGAGGAGAUUGAGAGAGAAUUAUCGAAUAUUCAUAAUAGAUAUGCAUUAUUAUUAGAUAAAAAAAGAAAUCUUCUAAAAUCAAUGAGAGAUUCAGAAGAUGUAUUACAUGCUAAAAAAAAAAUGUAUCAAAGUAUUUCUAUGAUAUCAUGGUCAUUGAUUUCCGAAUCGUUUAUACAAGGGCAUUUCAUCCCAGUUAAUUCCCCAACAAAAACUGAAACUUUCCAACUUCAAAUAAACGAAAAUAGUAAGUUAUAA